CCCAGCUGUUAACGUUAACCAACAGAGCUGAAACUCGGGAGCAUCAAGUGGACUUUUGCUUUCAGCGGCGCCUUCCACCGUGUUUUCCUCAGUUUGUGGCGUUACUGUUCGUUUCUGUAUAUUAUUUCUUGAACCGUGACUGCAGCUUUUUGUCUUCUACAAGAAUAUCAUCUUUAAAUUGCUCAGGUUUAGUGCGUCUAUACAAUAAAGAUCAGCCGUACUUUGUAUAGACGAAACAAGGCUUUUAUCUGGAAAUUUCGCUUGAGUGAAUGCGUGCUGCGCCCCUGGCGAGCUGUCAGCAACUAACUGUGGGAAAGAAGUUAAAUAAAGUUUCCGCUAAUUCUUCGAUUUUUUCAAGAUGUCUUAUAUGCUCCAGCAUCUUCACAAUGGAUGGCAGGUUGACCAAGCCAUUCUUAGCGAGGAAGACAGAGUUGUGGUAAUUCGCUUUGGCCAUGAUUGGGAUCCAACCUGCAUGAAGAUGGAUGAAGUCCUUUACAGCAUUGCAGAAAAAGUAAAAAACUUUGCUGUAAUAUACUUGGUUGAUAUUACUGAAGUUCCUGAUUUCAAUAAAAUGUAUGAAUUGUAUGAUCCUUGUACAUGUAUGUUCUUCUUCAGAAACAAGCAUAUCAUGAUUGAUCUGGGAACAGGUAAUAACAACAAGAUCAACUGGGCACUAGAAGACAAACAGGAGAUGACUGACAUUAUAGAAACAUUAUAUCGUGGUGCUAGAAAAGGUCGAGGUUUGGUGGUGUCUCCCAAGGAUUAUUCUACAAAGUACAGAUAUUAGUGCUUUAAAAGAAAUGUAACUAAAUACAGGUGUCAGCGGAACAACAAGAUUUUCAUGUUAAAAAACCACCCCAUUUUUUUAUAAUUUAGUACUAGCUUUUUAUAUUUUUAGUUGUAUUUUUCCUUAAAGCUUAUUUUAUCACAAGGUUAUGGAGAAUAAAAGUCAUAGAUAUGCUA